UGCAUCGUCAAGUAACACCCUAUCCAGUCGAUCUACUCACCAUGGGCCCCUCCCAGCUGGCGCAGCUCAAGAACGCGCUCAACUCGGCAGGACUCAACCGCAAGUCGGUCUCCAAGAAGACAAAGAAGGGUGGCAAAAAGGGCGGAUCUCAAGAUGUCGACCGGGCCAAGAAGUCGGCCAAGCUGGACGAGAUUCGCUCGCGAUUCAACAAGUUCGACGAGCGCGAAACCAAGUUGAAGCACGAUGUCGGUGGAAGGAAGCUCAAGGGUGUGACUGGUCGUCCCACGGCUACUCGCCAAGCCGGUUUGGAGCAGCGACGGAAGACACUGCUGCCCGAGCACAACAACCGUGACCACCGUGGCACUUUCCGUGACCGUCGUUUUGGAGAAUCGGACCCGUCGCUCACCUUGGAGGACCGCAUGCUCGAACGUUACACUCGUGAACGUCAAAAGGGCCAAGGCAAGAAGGGCGCCUUCAACCUCGAGGACGACGAUGACGCGUUUGGCGCCGACGGAGACGAUGGUUGGGCUCUUGGCGGCCUCACGCACGGUGGACGGGACGUCGACGAUCUCCCAGGAGAUGACUUUGAUGCUCAAGGCUUUGCCGAGUACGACGACGAGGACACGGGCGCCAUUCCCCGCCGACAGGUCCACCGUGACCACUUUGGCGGCUUUGAGGACAACGAGGAUGACGAAGAUAUGCCUGAACGCAAGAAGAGCAAGCACGAGGUCAUGUCGGAGAUCAUCUCCAAGAGCAAGGAGUACAAGCUCGAGCGCCAGCACCAGAAGGAGAUGGACUCGCAUAUGCGUGAGGAGCUCGACGAAGGGUUGGAUGAGCUUCGCGCUCUGCUCGGCGGAUCGGUUCCUGUCCGCCCAGCAGUUCAGCUCCCUGGUCCAGCUCGUACUGCGGCCGCCAUUCCCGAUCAGCAAACCGACGGCGACUACGACGAGCUCGUUCGCACUCUUGGUUACGAGGCGCGUUCCAAGCCCAAGGACCGCACCAAGACCGAGGAUGAACUGGCUGUCGAAGAGAAGGAGCGCCUGGAGGAGGCGGAGGCGAAGAGGCAACGCCGCAUGCGUGGCGAAGCCUCCGAUGACGAGGACCAGCCAACCAGCAAGAAGGGCAAGGCUUCAGCAGGGCGUGCUCCCGAUGCCGACGACCUGGAUGACGACUUUGUCGGCGACGUUGACGAAGAUGGAGGUGUCUCUCUACUUGGCCCUGGUCUGACCAGGGAAGCAAUUGAGGACAUGGACAUGGGAUCCGUCAAUGGCGAUGAUGUCGACUCUGAUGAGGAUGAGGGCGACGAGGACGACGACGAGGACGAUGAUGAGGACGAGGACGAGGACGAUGAGGACCAGAUUUCCGACAUGGACGACCUGAACGACGAGGACGACGACGAGGACGAGGACGAGGACGACACUCCAUUGGCACCAAAGCCCAAGAACAAGGGCAAGGCCAAGGCUGUGGCUACCGAGAUCCCGUUCACCUUCCCCUGCCCUUCGACGGUCGAGGACUUCAUCGACAUUGUCCAGGAGCUGCCAGACUCGGCCCUUCCCACAGUCGUUCAGCGUAUUCGCGCUUUGCACCAUCCCAGCCUGGCACAAGGAAACAAGGAGAAGCUGCAAGACUUCCUCGGUGUCCUUCUCGACUACAUCCUGGUGCUCGCCUCUCAGGACGAACCACCAUUCGCCAUCAUCUCUGCGCUGGGACCUCACCUCGCCGCGCUGGUGAAGCUCAACCCUCUCACUGCUGCUUCGCACUUCAUCGCCAAGCUGUCCAUCAUGCAGAAGAACCUGCAGCGUGGUCUGGCACGAGGGGCGAGCAACCCCACUUCCAAGACUCUGCCCUCGGCCCCCGAGCUUGUCAUCCUCCGCCUCGUUGGAGUCACAUGGUCGACCAGUGACUUUUCGCAUCCUGUGGUCCAGCCCGCUGUCCUGUUAAUCGGCCAGUACCUCUCGCAAAGCCGAAUUCGUGGCAUUGCCGACGUUGCCUCGGGUCUAUUCCUCUGCUCCGUCAUUUCGCAGUACGAGUCGAUGUCCAAGCGCCUCGUCCCCGAGGUGAUCGACUUCGUGGCCUCGUCAAUACUUGCCCUCACCAAGCGGAAAAAGGAUGCCGCCGACGUCACGGCAUACCCGAGCCAGGUUGUGUCCGACAUUCAGAUGAUCACGAGCGUGGCACACAAAUCGCCAACUGACCUGCUCUCAGCACUGGCAGAGUUGGACGUUGAGCAGAACAAGGCAGACCUGCUCUCCGUUGCUCUUCAGCUGGUGUCGACAUUCGCCAACAUGUACUCGUCGACAGACUCUUUCAUUGAGCUGUUCCGACCCCUUCUUGCGGUCCUGGAAGGCUCGCGGGUGUCCAAGCUUGCUCCCGAACUUCGCCACCUGUUUGACCAGACGCGCUCGACUCUCAGUCGCCAGAUCGGCUUUGCGGUCGAUGCUCGCCAGCCUCUCACUCUGCAGUCGCACAAGCCGAUCCCCAUUGCAUCGUACACACCCAAGUUCGAGGACGACUUCGCCCCCGGCAAACACUACGACCCCGACGUGGAGCGAGCUGCGUCGUCCAAGCUCAAGGCCCAGUACAAGAAGGAGCGCAAGGGUGCUAUCCGCGAGCUUCGCAAGGACAACCGCUUCCUGGCUGGCGAACGCGCCAAGGAGCAGGCCGAAAAGGACGCCGAGUACAAUGCCAAGAUGCGUCGGGCCGAGGGCAGCAUCAACAUCGAGCGCGCCGAGGAGAAGGAGAUGGAGCGGGAGAAGAAGCGAGAGAAGAGGCGCCGCGGAUAG